AUGGGUGAAAUAUCACCAAUUUUAUUUAUUCUUAAAGGUUGUCAUCAUAAACAAUUAUUAAUUUUGGUGAUUUAUAUUUUAGUGAUUAUAAAGCAGUUAGUUAAAGGUGAUCAAGAUGAGUGUUCAGUGACAGUAGCUAAAGAUGGAACAGGAAGUUAUUGGAGUGUAAAUGAAGCAGUAAUUGCUGCUCCAUCGUAUAGCAAGACACGGUAUUAUGUAUGUAUAAGGUCAGAAGUAUACAUGGAGAAUGUAUUUGUAGGUAGAGAUAAAACCAACUCGGUUUUUGUUUGUGAUGGUUCAACUAUUACUAAGAUUACUGCUAGUAGACAUGCUCCUGAUUUUUCCACCUCUUUCUCUGCUACUGUUUCUGAGUUUUAUUUCUUCUGUAUGUCUAGUCGGUUCAAAAUCGAAUCUUAUAUCCACAUUGGUUUUUACAUGAUUUUAAAUUCAUUUUUAGAGUCAGAUACCUUAUUUAACAAAAAAUUUCUCCAAUUCUAUCAAGACUGUGAUAUUUACGAUACAAGAGACUUUAUAUUUGGUGAUGCAGCGACUACUUUUCAAAAUUGUAACUUGUAUGCUCGUCUACCAAACAAUGUCAUUAUUUUCACUGCACAAGGCCGAAAAAGGCUUGGUCGAAACACUGCAUUUACGAUCCAAAACUGCUCGAUAACUGUAACGGUUCAGUUUAAGUGA